AUGGAACACAAAACGGGUGCAGUCAUUCGGAAGUGGAUGUCUUGCUUUCGACUGAGGUUGCCGCUACUGGUAGUUGCGUCUGCCACUGGCAAUACCGACCUCAUUGCCUUUUUUUCCUUUAUUCUUUUCAUCAGCUCGACGAGGCCGGCCUUUAGGAAGAAGGUUUGGCGCAUUUGCAUCGCACGAGGCGUUUUCAUUACCGGCGGUCACGGGGCCCCUUUCGCAGGGAAAACGCCUGACAUGCAUUACAGGAGGGGACUGCCACCAAAAAGGGUUCAUUGUAUGCGUUCACAGCGGUUCAACGGGCAGCGGCGGGAUCAUUUGAAGUUCGAAAAGAGGAAAGACGAACGGCUUGCUCUUGGUGCGCCAUCAUUUUGGGAUGACGAGCUUAGGUCCAAGGAGGAUCUAAACUGCUUUCUCUCCGGACUUGCUCACUCGGCUUACUCUGACUCCACAGCAUCGGUCGCUCUAGGAAGUCUCUUGACUGUGAGCUCUCUACCAAACGGUAGUAGUGAAUUGCCUAGUUAUGGCGUCGAUAUCGCAACCUGGAAAGCCAUUACGCAAUCCGAAAUAAGGGGUCUCUUGCUUGUGUACGAUGAGAGAGGGCCCCCUCCAAGGCUCCAAUCCCCCUAUCAAGGAGAGAGUGAGAGUGAUCUGCAGGCUUUUUUGAUGUCCGCCGGAUAUCACUGGAGAGAGUUGAAGGUAACAAGUAUCCGUACACCUAAGCCCCCCCUCCGCCUCCCCACUUCCCUCCCCCCACGCCUUGGCCACGCGGACCUGCCGUGUCGAGCGCGAGGGGCAACGACAGGUCGGAAUGGGUGGUGGGUGUGGGAGGAGGAGCAGAAGCUGUCGAAGCUACCCUGGAGCUUCUCUGUUGACAGGGGAGUGUCGACUGGUUUCCCCCACACUAGCGGGAUGGGCGGCAUACACGACCAUAUCUUACACUACCAGUACUGUGACGACCUCCCACCCGGAGCCAUACCUAUAGUAUGCUUAUCGCUCUUCGAGGUCCUCGCCAUGGCUUUCUUCCUCCUCCUCCUCCUCCUCCUCCUCCUCCUCCUCCUCCGCAACAUGCGCGCUCCCCGGCACGUCUCCCACUCCCCUGGAGGCCUGUAUAUUCCCCAUGCUGUGGUCCAGAGCUUGGGUUCCAUCGCGCGUCAGCAUUGGCACGGUACUCCUUUGGUUAAUGAACGAGGCGCCAUGUCGACCGGAAGGAUGCCCUUGCUAGAUUACUCGCUUUCCUUCCCAUGUCUUUCUCAUGCUGCUGAGUCCUGUCCCUGUUAUUCCCCCCGUCUGCCGAGCCGGCGGGAUAGUUCCUAUAGUCUUCCUGCCUCUCAUCACAUCCGGCUCCUUGUAUACUCCAUGAGUCCGUAUCACGUUUCCAUAUGGAUAGGUAGGCUAGACAUUGACCACCAGUUCCCAACAUCUGGUUUCCGUCGUUUAGCUCCCACACCUACAAAAGACUUCAAACCUCCCACCAACACGAGAGCCGCGAACACGACAACAGCAGCAAACAAGUCUCUCGCCGGGGGUUAG